UGACAGAAGUUUUCAGUCUAAUGUGUCCACUUUUAUCAUGCAAUCACCCCGUUUAUAACCUCUCCGGGGAUCUGGCCGCUGUCAGGACAACUGACUCUUAACCUACUUGUGUUUUAAUGAAAUAAAGUCACAGGCACUGUGACAGUCUGCAUUGCCAUCUGGGAACUUUUGCUUUGCUGUCGGAGCGACCCUUUGCCUCUUAUUUGACCGGGGAGAAGAGCAGGAUAAAGCCCGCUGGGCUGACCGAAGUGCCGCAAUGGGAAACCGGGGGAUGGAAGACCUCAUUCCCCUCAUCAACAAGCUCCAGGACGCUUUCAGCUCCAUCGGCCAGAGCUGCAACUUGGACCUGCCGCAGAUAGCGGUCGUUGGCGGCCAGAGCGCAGGGAAGAGCUCCGUGCUGGAGAAUUUCGUUGGAAGGGACUUUUUGCCUAGAGGAUCUGGCAUUGUCACCCGUCGUCCCCUCAUCCUCCAGCUGGUUAACAGUAAAGCAGAGUAUGCAGAGUUCCUGCACUGUAAGGGUCGCAAGUUUGUGGACUUUGAUGAAGUCCGUCUGGAGAUUGAAGCAGAGACCGACCGCCUCACUGGAUCCAACAAGGGCAUCUCGCCCAUCCCCAUCAACCUCCGUGUCUACUCACCCAAUGUGCUGAAUCUGACCUUGAUCGACCUGCCGGGGAUGACCAAAGUGGCAGUGGGAGACCAGCCUCCGGACAUCGAGCACCAGAUCAGAGACAUGCUGCUCCAGUUCAUCACCAAGGAGAGCUGUCUGAUCCUCGCCGUCACCCCAGCCAACACUGACCUGGCCAACUCUGACGCCCUCAAAAUAGCCAAGGAGGUGGACCCUCAGGGUCUGCGGACUAUUGGUGUGAUCACCAAGCUGGACCUGAUGGACGAAGGGACGGAUGCACGAGACAUCCUGGAAAACAAACUACUGCCACUGCGCAGAGGUUACAUCGGGGUGGUGAACCGCAGUCAAAAGGACAUUGAUGGGAAGAAGGACAUCGGUGCUGCUUUGGCUGCUGAGAGGAAGUUCUUCCUGUCCCAUCCUGCCUACAGGCACAUUGCAGAGCGCAUGGGCACACCACACCUGCAGAAGACCCUCAAUCAGCAACUUACCAACCACAUCCGCGACACGUUGCCAGGGUUACGCAGCAAGCUGCAAAGCCAGAUGUUAUCGCUGGAGAAAGAGGUGGAUGAGUACAAGAACUUCCGCGCUGACGACCCCGCACGCAAGACCAAAGCCUUACUUCAGAUGGUGCAGCAGUUUGGUGUUGACUUUGAGAAGUGCAUUGAGGGCUCUGGAGAUCAGGUGGACACCUCCAACCUGUCAGGUGGAGCCAAGAUCAACCGCAUCUUUCACGAGCGUUUUCCCUUCGAGCUGGUGAAGAUGGAGUUUGAUGAGAAGGAGCUGAGGAAAGAGAUCAGUUAUGCCAUCAAGAACAUCCACGGAGUCAGGACAGGCCUGUUCACCCCAGACCUGGCGUUUGAGGCCAUAGUGAAAAAGCAGAUCAUUAAGCUGAAAGAACCCUGUCUGAAAUGCAUCGACCUGGUCAUCCAGGAGCUCAUCAACACAGUCAGACAGUGCACCAAUAAGCUGGGCUCGUACCCACGACUGAGAGAAGAGACAGAGAAAAUCGUCACCACCUACAUCAGAGAGCGAGACAGCAAGACCAAAGACCAGGUGCUGCUGCUGAUUGACAUUGAGCUCUCUUACAUCAACACUAACCAUGAGGACUUCAUCGGAUUUGCCAAUGCCCAGCAAAGGACUGCUGCUAACGCUACCAAGAAGAGAGUCAUGCCUAAUCAGGUGAUCCGCAGAGGCUGGCUCACCAUCAACAUCAGUAUCAUGAAGGGAGGAUCCAAGGACUACUGGUUUGUCCUGACUGCCGAGUCUCUCUCCUGGUAUAAAGAUGAGGAGGAGAAAGAGAAGAAGUACAUGCUGCCUCUGGACAACCUGAAGCUGAGAGAUGUGGAGAAAGGCUUCAUGUCCAGCAAACACGUCUUUGCCAUCUUCAACACUGAACAGAGAAACGUGUACAAAGACCUGCGUCAGAUUGAGCUGGCAUGCGACACUCAGGAGGAUGUGGACAGCUGGAAGGCUUCGUUCCUCAGAGCUGGUGUUUACCCAGAGAAAGACCAGCCUGAGAACGCGGACGCGUUGAAUCCUAGCGACACCGUGUCCAUGGACCCUCAGCUGGAACGGCAAGUGGAGACCAUCCGCAACCUCGUGGACUCCUACAUCGGCAUCGUCAACAAGUCCAUCAGAGACCUCAUGCCCAAGACCAUCAUGCACCUCAUGAUCAACAGUGCGAAGGACUUCAUCCACUCUGAGCUGCUGGCCUACCUGUACUCAGCAGGAGACCAGGGCAGUUUGAUGGAGGAGUCAGCAGAGCAGGCUCAGAGGAGAGAUGAGAUGCUGAGGAUGUACCACGCUCUGAAGGAGGCCCUGGUCAUCAUUGGAGACAUCAGCACCACCACUAUUUCUACCCCGGUGCCUCCGCCAGUAGACGACACCUGGAUAGAACCAAGUCCUCAACAAGCAUCCCGCCCUGCCUCAGCAACAGCGGCCCCUCCCAGCCGACCCCCAGGAGUGAGGGGGCCCACCCCGGGUCCUGCACCCCCCCUCAACCCCUCACCAGCAUUUGGAGUACCGCCUGUGCCUUCGCGACCGGGCCCUCCACUGGGGCAAACGGCUUACUCCAACGAUCCCAACUCCGGUGCUGUGCCCCUUGUCCCCUCAAGACCGGCCCGUGUGCCUCCUGCGCUGCCACCGGGGAUUCCCAGGCGACCUCCACAAGUCCCCUCUCGUCCCAACCACUGGUGAAGGAAACGGAUGUUUUCCCACUCACACUUGGACUCCCUUUGAUGCACGUGGCAUCAGAAGUUCAGGUGCACCAGAAACUCCAGAGCUGUUUCCAAUGUAAAAUUUAUAGUUAGACAUUUAAGGAAGGGAAAGAUGCAGGAAUACUGGGUCGACAUUAUGACAGCGGUUGUGUCUGGAGAGCAUUGUCCACAGUGUCACUGUACAUACAGGUAUGUUAUUAAGCUUGCACAGUAUUUUUAGUAUUUAAUAUGUACUGUAUAUCAAUCAUCUUGUUUUUCUCUUUGCCCAUGAAUACUCUGGAAAUACUUUGUCCCAUCAGUUUGAGUCCUCACUUGAAAUGUCUCGUCAAUCCUGAGGAACUAAAAGUAAACGGAAGAAAAAUCAAGUUCAAAGAUCAAGAAACUGCAUCUUGACACAAACUUGGCAAGAAGCUCCACAUACAGUACAGUGUGUUGUUAUAUCCUCCUUCAAGACUAAAGAAUAAACUAAUUUACACACCAGCUGCUUCUUUGUUUUCUA